AUGAAAAAGCAGGUGCGAGAAAGUCACAAGCAGGACGAAGAUAUGCAAGACAGAAGUGCCGAUCCCUCCAGACAAAUGGAUUCCGAUCCAACUGGACAGCCGGAAACGUAUGAAUGCCAUCUCUGUUUACAGACAUUCACUUCUGAGAUCUACUAUUCCGAUCAUUUAAAGUUACACGACACCGGAUAUAAUUAUCCUUGCUGCCAUUGCAACUUAAAAUUCAUUUCUGAGUCGGAUAAGCAUCAACAUGUGGAAAAGUAUCACAAGAAUUUUUGUGGAUUCAAACUUUUUGAAAACCACAAAAAAAUAUGUCAUUAUGAUGACAAGAAAGCUUCUAAACCGAAACACGAUUGCGGGUCGGAGGGUAAGAGAAAGAGGCACGAAUGGGACAACUCUGACGCGGACUCGGAAGAUGAUAAGCAAGAGGAACGUCCCGGUUCUUCCAGACAAAUGGCUUCCGGUUCAACUGGAGAUAAUAUCUUUAUUAGCACACCACAUCCGAAAAACAUUCAGAGAUUAUCCAGAGAAUAUCCAGAAAACAUUCAAUCAUCCUCAGCAUCUUCUCUGAGCGUCUUCGGGAUACGUGCACUGUUACGGACGCCAGACGAAAAUGUCGGUCCCUCCAGACAAAUGGCUUCCAGUUCAACUGGAGAUAAUAUGCAAAGCGAAAGUGUCGGCUCUUCUAGACAAAGGGAUUCCGAUCCAACUAAACAGCCGGACAAUGUAAGCAAAGAAUCCGUAACAGCGGAGAAACUGAAGUACGAGUUGAAGCGUAAGCAAAGGAAUCUCGAACGCGAAUCCUUUAAAAGAUGA